CUGCAAACGAUCAGUGCAACUUAGCAAGCCGAAAGUGCAUAAUGUCUAUCGCAAUUGUUAUAUUUUCAACAAUUAUUUUUAAUAUCUGCGAACCUCAAAUUUGUUUUGAGGCACAAAAUAAGUCCUACAUAAGCAACGGCUUCAAUGAGAUAAUAUUAGACAGCUGCGAAGUAAAUGUGGAUCAGGACACAUUUAAAGCCAAUAGAUACUUCUAUGAGGUAUCAUCUUCACAGGAUGAUUCUAAACAUUCUCAGGAAUCCGUCUGCAAUAUGAACAGUGUCGAAGAAACAUACAUUGAAAGUGAAAACGAGGAAAAAACUGAUGAGAAACAGAAACGAGAUGGUGCCGGUUUUAUUCUGGCUGUGAUAUUAGUUGUAGUUAUUAUCGGUGCUGCCGAUAGUGGCGGACGCCGUAGGUAUAGAUGAGGUUAUAAAAUAACUAUUUAUGUCGGUGUGCAAUAAGUAAAGAUGUACAAAUAUUAAUAAAUAUGCAGAACUGUGUAGGCAAGGAUAUAAGAUAUUAAAGGACUCCGUUGACGAUGUUAGCCGCAAAUUUUUUCAUAUAAUUUUUUAUUCAUUUUUAUUGUGAUGAAACGAUAAUAAUCUGCACAAAUGAGUUA